AGCCUUACAAUAAUUGUUGUCAAACGACACAACACCACAAAAUCACAGGAUUCCUUUUCAAUAUUUUUUGGACAAAAAUGUUCUCUUUUUAUCAGAGAUUCUAAUACUUUUCACAAUAAUUCAAAUCAAAUAAACUAUUCCAAAUUGACAAUCUAUUGGUUAAAGAGGAAAUUGAUACAUUUUUAACUCUGUAUUGAAAAAAACAACUUAAAAACAUGGGUAAUACAGUAUCUGCUGCUGAACAUCCAACUAUACAACCGGGUGCAAGUCCACCUCCCGAAUGUCCAAUGCAUCAAAAGCAACCAGAAGUAAAAAAAGAACCUGUGCCAUCUGCUUCUGAAUGUCCAGUUAAACAUGAUAAUAGUGAUGUGAAUCCACUCAACAUGAUGCCAGCAGCAAAUCAAAAUCCAGCUCCAGAUCAACCAUUUCCUUUGCCAACUGACCGUCAAACCUCAAGUAUACCAAAAGUAACUCCCGAUGGACAUGUCGAAUUCUGGCAAUAUCCAAGUCAACAAAUGUUCUGGAAUGCUAUGCUUCGUAAAGGUUGGCGAUGGAAGAAUGAAGAUGUUAGUCAAAAAGACAUGGGCGAUAUAAUAAAAAUUCAUAACGCUAACAACGAGCAGGCUUGGAAGGAGGUACUUAAAUGGGAAGCACUUCAUGCUUCGGAAUGUCGUAAUCCAAAGUUGAGGAGUUUUGGAGGCAAGGCUGCCGACUACAGUCCUCGUGCACGAUUUCGUUCAUUGUUAGGGUACGAACUUCCUUUCGAUCGACACGAUUGGAUUGUAGACAGAUGUGGUAAGGAUGUUCGUUAUGUGAUUGAUUAUUACGACGGUGGUGUUGUGGAUAACGAAUAUAAAUUUGCUGAAUUGGAUGUGCGUCCGGCUAUGGAUUCGCUUGAUAAUAUUUGGGAUAGAAUGAGGGUAGCAUAUAUGCGAUGGAAAAUCGAAUUGGUUGAAACUUUCCAAGGGAAAAUAGAUCAGUGAUAUUCUAAUAUCGAA